CUUUUAGAUUUCUCUCGCUUGCCAUCAGUAUAACAACAUAUGAUUCCUGCCUCCUUACAAUUUCGGCAGCCUGACUUAUCCCCCGUGCAUUUUGUUUUCCUCUGCCUGCAGGAUUCGCAUGCUCGACUAACAUGCCGGCGAUGGAACCUCCCAGGCGAGGUAAAAACAGACUCGGUUCCUUCUGCCAGCCUUGGUAUGGCCAUUUUCCUGCUAGCCAAAAGAUGAUCGAUGUCGUGUGUGGAUGGCGGGGCCAUUGGAGUGUCCCCAUGGCUAUGGCUUUUAGCAUCAGAGGAAAAUGCACUGAACAUAGUAGGUUGCUCAAGGUUCUAUGCGCACCAGAAAUUGUUUGCUGCUUUCGAUCAAGUUGUUUUGGCUUAACAUAUCCUGGAAAGGAAGUCAAAAGUGAAAUGAAACCCCCCAAAAAUACAAAUAACGAUGAAAAAGUUUCUCAGAAUGGCAGAGCGCCAUGUGGGGGUCAUUUCCCAGAGACAUUUUCAUGGAUAUCUGAAACGCAUAAUGCGCAGUUGCAAUGGUAUAGAAGUCCGCGUCAGUUAAGUUCUAGAUGGAUCGGGGAACCGGAUGUUCACCGCCGAUACCUAAUAAGGCGAUCAGGCUGUUUCCUAUAAAACCACUGGGUCUCUUUAACCGGGUGGCGGUUGAUACUUGACAGGGGAUAUCCAUCGUGCCCAAAUGUCGCCUUAGACGCCGUGCAGGGGAGCCAGUGUGACAUGUAGUGGAGUAGGGUUGAUCGGUCACACCUAGAGCCUCCCUGCACGAUCUCAUUGGCUUCCACCAUUUCAGCCGUAUGCCCAUUUUCAUCGGAAGAGCCUCUCACAGGGCUGGUUGAACAUGGUCUAGAACCACUCUUUUCCGUCUUGUCCCUACAUGUAAUGCUUAUGCGAGGAUGCAA